AUGUCCGACUUCGAAGAAACUAUUCGUCGUUUGCAAUCGGAGAAAGGAGUCGUUGGAAUCAUUGUUGUUGACUCGGCUGGAAGAGUCAUUCAUUCAACAAUCGACAGCGAUGCUACCCAAUCUCACACUGCAUUCCUUCAACAGUUGUGCGAGAAGACGAAGACGUCGAUUCGUGAGCUUGACUCGAGUAAUGACCUCACUUUCCUGAGGUUGCGUACCAAGAAGAACGAGAUUAUGAUCGCUCCGGACAAGGAUCACGUCAUCAUGGUUAUCAAGGAUAUUUCUUAA